AACCAUGGUGACGAAAGAUACAAACUGAGACUUGGAGCUGAGACGUGUUCAUGCAGAGCUUGGGAUUUGAGUGGGAUCCCUUGUCCCCAUGCUAUCACGUGUCUUGUGUAUGAGGGUAAAGAUCCUGUGGAUUACAUUUCCAACUGGUACUCUGUGGCCAAGUACAACGCCACUUACUCGAACACCAUGUCAGGGAUGGAUGGACCAAGACAGUGGGUGCCAGUUAAUUUGGAUCCGAUUCAGCCACCCCCAUUCAGAGCAAUGCCUGGCAGGCCAAAAAAGAAGAGAAGGCUUUCCGCUGAUGAAAUCUUGCAGAAAGACAAGAAAAACCCUCACAAGUUAAGCAGGGUGAAUCGGAUCAUCUUUUGUUCAAAAUUCAAACAAUCUGGGCACAACUCACGUACUUGCCCAACAAAGAAUGCUCCACCAGUGGCUUGUGCAACUUCUGUUAGAGCAUCGCAAGGACCUACUGGAAGAGGAAGAGGAAGAGGGAGAGGGAGAGGGAGAGGAAGCAGUAGGGGAAGGGGGAGAUGAAGAUGGUUACGUACUAUUCUAGUGACUGAAUAUUAUAUAGUCUCAUUGUCAGCUUUUUCUUCACAUAUUUCCUUGUCCUCUUACGAAUAUGAAUGUCUGGUAGUGGGAUUUUAUAUUGAGCUACAAUUCAACUUGCAAGAAACUCCAGGAAACAAGCAUAUAUUAAUGUGACCUAUUUCCCAUUUCAAC